AUGCUCCCCUGCGGACGGACGAGGUCUCAUUUGGAGAUCAUUGGACAAUGGCGCCCGGUUGUCGAUGCUGGUACCUUGGCGGAUUCAGAAACCAGCCCUCCGGAUCCCUUAGGUGAAUUCUCAGCCAUCAACGCGCUACAAAUGGUGGUGCCUGGGGUUGCGUAUGGCAACACCUCGGGUGGCUAUGGCUACGGCGUCAGCACCACGAAUCCAUAUGGCUAUGGCAACCCAUCCGGCUAUGGCAACACCUCGGGUGGCUACGGCUACGGCGUCAGCACCACGAAUCCAUCUGGCUAUGGCAACCCAUCCGGCUAUGGCAACACCUCGGGUGGCUACGGCUACGGCGUCAGCACCACGAAUCCAUAUGGCUAUGGCAACGCAUCCGGCUAUGGCAACACCUCGGGUGGCUAUGGCUACGUCAGCACUUCGAACGCCUAUGGCUAUGGCACUUCCUAUGACUCGGGUUCUGGCGGCUACGGCUACAACACCUCGUAUCCCUACGGCUAUGGCACUUCCUAUGACUCAGGUUCUGGCGGCUACGGCUACAACACUUCGUAUCCCUACGGCUAUGGCACUUCCUAUGACUCGGGUUCUGGCGGCUACGGCUACAACACCUCGUAUCCCUACGGCUAUGGCACUUCCUAUGACUCAGGUUCUGGCGGCUAUGGAUACACCUCGUAUCCCUACGGCUAUGGCACUUCCUAUGACUCGGGUUCUGGCGGCUACGGCUACAACACCUCGUAUCCCUACGGCUAUGGCACUUCCUAUGACUCAGGUUCUGGCGGCUAUGGAUACACCUCGUAUCCCUACGGCUAUGGCACUUCCUAUGACUCGGGUUCUGGCGGCUACGGCUACAACACCUCGUAUCCCUACGGCUAUGGCACUUCCUAUGACUCGGGUUCUGGCGGCUAUGGAUACACCUCGUAUCCCUACGGCUAUGGCAAUGGCACGGGUACCGGAUUCGGUGGCGGCAGCUGGGUGGAAUGCCCAGAACAGUACUGCUGGCCAUCAGUCUACACCGCCGAUGGAGAAAUUGAUUGGGAUGCGACCUACCAGGUCACCGACUAUACCUGUGCCACCUGGGAAGACGGAUGCCCUUGCAACGAGCAGUGGGAGGUCCAGUGUGAGAGCUGGGGCUACAAGUCGUGCUACCCAAAGACAGAGGGCUGCUAUGAUCCCUUUGCAAUCGAGUGUUGCUUGGCAGAGCACGUGUGCAAGGACGAGUGGUCUGCCUACUGCUGGGACAAGUCUUGGGGAAGCUGCCCGGUCACGUGCACCUACGAGGAAACUUAUUGCUAUUCCUAUGUCUACGAUUCUACAGGAGAAGUGAAUUGGACGGCUCCGCAGACCCAGUUCUGUGCCAACGCCACUGAGGGUUGCCCUUGCGAUGCCCAGUGGGAAGACAAGUGCACUGACUCCUGGGGCUACAGCUGGUGCACUCCCAAGACUUACCCGUGCCCAAUCACUUGCGCUGACAACGAGCAGGUCAGAUAUGAGCUUAGCAUGCUUUACCUGCUGAAGUUCUAA